AGCACGCACUGAAGGCUGAGCUAACGUUAGCUGUAGCUAAGCUUGGUUUCGGCUCUGUGGGACCUUUCUUUGGGUAGAGACACGUUUUCUAUCCGCGGAGGCAAAAAUAUGUCGCAAAGGACAUACAACCAGCUGUGGGCAGAUGCCCAGUCAGAGCUGAGCUGUCUGCUGGAAGAAGAGCUACCAGCUGAGCCCCGGCGCCCUGAAAAAGACCGAGUCGUUUUCUUCCAGCGUCUGGCCAUGCUUUUUGUGCGCUACACCCAAGUCUUCAGACAGCUGGAGAACGCCUAUGACCUGGUGGUCCACCCUCAGAAGAGACGAUUUAUUCAUUCUGCUCUGGAAAGUGUGAUGGGACGAGUGUUGGAGCUGAAGAAUGAAAUGGUGGAGAAAGAGUUUUCAGAGUACCACUACAUGGAUGAUGUGCUUCAUGAUCUGAAGCUCAUACCUGCCGACCUCGAGAUCCCCAUCCCUCGCUAUUUUCACAGUGAACGCAGCAAAGAGGUGCAGCAAAGAAAGGCCAUGCUGACUGACAUCCUGAAAAUGGCGGAGGUCGCUGAAACUCCUGAGCCUGUAAUGGCCAAGAAGAUGAGUCAAGAGGAGGCAGUGAAGAUUAUUCAAGUGGCAGAGCGGGCACGACAAGGACGUGAAAGGGCAAAGUUCAAUAUGAAAAACUUAAACAUGAACACCGUAUACAGGAUCGAGGAACCUGGAGCAGAAAGUGCUGAAUCCGCUGCCGUCCGCAUCCAAAAGGUGUGGAAAGGCUACGUGCAAAGGAAGAGGACGAAAAUGGCCAGAGAGGAGGAGAUGAUUUUUCUGGGGAUGAAUAUGGAUCCAAAGUAUGAGGAGCCACGCCCUGCAGAAACGACGGCCCAGGCCAUCGAGGCUUCCACACGAGUGAAACAGACGGAGCACGAGGAGGCGUACCAAAAGGCCACAGUGGACGUCAUGAACCAGCUACGGGAUGUGGAAGGAGACGACAUGAGCAAGAGCAUGAAGGUGCAAAUUCAGCAGUGGUUCACUGAGUGCCGCAACGCUACAGGAACAUUUCCAGACUACCCAGAUGAAGAGGAUGGAGGUUCUGCCCUCAUUUUUGCUGAAAAGACCCCUCAGCAGUUGUUGGAAGAAUUUGCUGCAAAGGAAGAAGAAGAGGCCAACGCCAACGCCAAAGCUAAAGGAAAAGGAAAGGAAGAAAAGAAGGAAAAGGGGAAAAGUGGCAAGAGGAAGGAAGAGGAGGAGGUGGAGGAGGCGGGGCUGACGAUGCUGCCCUCUGCAUUUCUGCUGGACCUCGAAGUUGAAAGUAAAAUCUACGCAGACUUUUGGCACAAUCGCAGCGAGUACGGAAACUUUAACCAAAUGCACGACCCGGAGCUGAUCAAGGAAGAAAAGAGGAAAGUCAUUGAGGCGGAAAUUCGAGUGAAGGUCGACGAGCAGAUGAGACACGAACUGGCUGAGUGGAAGCUGUCUGUGGACAAAGACAAGGGCGGUAAGACGAAAGCAAACGCCAAGAAGAAGAAAGGCUCUAAGAGUGGAAAGAAGAAGAAGAAGGAAAAAGACCUGACGGCUGAUCGGACUCUGCAGUCUCUGUGCCAGGAGCUGGUGGAGCAGGGCUUACUGAAGCAGACACAGAACGUUCAGCUGCAGGAUUUCUUGGGUGACUUUAGCUACCUGGGGACCACGCUGAGGCAACACGACAUCGAGCCCAUGCCGUCAUUGUCAGAUGUGCGACAAGUCUUGUCUCUGUACGCAGUUCUGCCGUUAGGCUCUCAGGUGGUUCACGAGAAGGCUCCUCUGAUCAAGUCGGUCCUGCUGGUCGGACCCACAGGUGUGGGGAAAAAGAUGCUGGUCCACGCGGUUUGCCACGAGACGGGCGCCUGCCUGUUUGAUCUGUCUCCUCUGAACACGGCCGGGAAGUACCCGGGCAAGAGCGGGCUCGCCAUGAUGCUUCACAUGGUGUUUAAGGUGGCGAGACUGAUGCAGCCUUCAGUGAUCUGGAUCGAAGAUGCAGAGAAAAUGUUCUACAGGAAAAUCCCCAAAGAGGAAAAAGAGUUGGACCCGAAGCGGCUGAAGAAAGAUUUGCCCAAGUUCCUGAAGCUGAUCAAAGGGGAGGAUCGUGUUCUGAUCGUAGGAACGACUCGAGACCCGCACAGCGCCGAGAUCAAGUCUCUGUGCAAAAUGUUCAGCAAAAUCCUCCUCAUCCCACGACCCGACUACGGCUCCAGACGCAUCCUGUGGAAGCAACUGAUCAGAAAACACGGAGGUGAAGGCACCGAGGCGUUGGACCUCAGCUCUCUGGCAAAGAUUUCUGACGGCUAUACUCCAGGACACAUCGUCCAAGUGAUUCAGAGCGUUCUUACCAAACAUCGAGUCUUCCAGCAGGCGACACGACCGCUGACUGCAGCCGAAUUUAUCGCCCCGUUAGCCCAGAUUGACCCCGUGUUCCAGGAGGAGGAGGAGGCCCUGAAGAGCUGGUAUGCAAAGACGCCCCUGGGAAAGAAAAGAAGUAAAGCUGCGUCAGGAAAGGAAGAAGAAGAAGCAGCUAAAGACAAAAAUACCAAGAAGAAAGGAAAAAAAUGAUCUUUAUUUGUUGUCUUUUACUGAAGUGUGUGAGUUGUACCCUCGGUGAGGCUGCAGGAAUAAAGCAUUCAGGUGCA